CAAGCUUGGAGAGCUAUCGUCUCCUGCACAAAGCUGCUUGCCACCCGGAGAAAGAUGUAUCAGUGGCUUUGGCUCCUUGGAAAAGUUCUGCUCUUGGUGAGAGUGGCUGCCUCAAUUAACUUCGUCCAUCACCGCUAUGAGGAAUUGGUGCAGGCGCUGUUCGAUGUAAGGGGCUCAUGCCCCUAUAUUACCAGGCUGUACAGCAUUGGGCGCAGUGUGCAGGGCCGCAACCUCUAUGUGCUGGAAUUCAGCGACUCUCCUGGCAUCCAUGAGCCCAUGGAGCCAGAAUUCAAGUAUGUGGCAAACAUGCAUGGGAAUGAGGUACUAGGCCGGGAACUGUUGCUCCAGCUUGCGGAUUUCCUGUGUGAAGAGUAUCGCCAUGGUAAUCCACGCAUUACACAGCUCAUCCAUGAAACACGCAUUCACCUCUUACCUUCGAUGAAUCCUGACGGAUAUGAAGUGGCAGCUGCCCAGAACCAAAGUUAUUUUGAGGAUUUCACUGGGCGAAACAAUGUCAAUGGAGUUGACCUUAAUCGUAAUUUUCCUGACCUCAACACCAUCAUGUAUUCCAAUGAGAAACAGGGUGGACCCAAUCAUCACAUCCCUUUGCCAGAUAAUUGGGAAAGCCAGGUAGAAUCAGAGACAUUGGCUGUGAUUCAAUGGAUGAAGAGUUACAAUUUUAUUCUCUCAGCCAAUCUUCAUGGUGGAGCUGUAGUUGCCAAUUAUCCCUAUGACAAAUCCCAUGAACAGAGAAUCCGUGGCAACUGGCAAGCAAAUAGCACCCCCACGCCUGAUGAUAUCCUCUUCAAAAAGUUGGCCAAGGUUUAUUCUUUUUCCCACGGAUGGAUGCAUCGGGGUACAAACUGUGGAGAUUUCUUUAUUGAUGGCAUCACUAAUGGGGCAUCCUGGUACUCACUCAGCAAAGGGAUGCAGGAUUUCAACUACCUGCACACCAACUGCUUUGAAAUUACCCUUGAACUAAGCUGCAAGAAAUUCCCGCCACAGGAGGAACUGGAAUUUGAAUGGCUGGCAAAUCGGGAGGCCCUUAUUGCCUACAUAGAGGAGAUUCACCAGGGCAUCAAAGGGCUGGUGUCAGAUGAGAACAACAACAAACUUGCAGGAGCUGUAAUUUCUGUGGAAGGAAUUGGCCAUGAUGUCACCACAGGUGAACAUGGAGACUACUUCAGGCUGCUACUGCCUGGUAAUUAUAGAGUUAUUGCAUCAGCAGAUGGUUACCAACCUCAGACUGUGAUGGUGACUGUUGGCCCAGCUCAGCCCUCACUGGUGGAUUUCCAACUCAGACAGAAACCUUUGGACAAUCCUCCUGUACCAAAGGCAUAUAAGAAAAGGUCCCACAAUAAACCGCAGCAAAAGAAAAUUGUCCCACGGGCUGCCCCAUGGCAGACACUAUGAUGAAAAUAGUCCUUGAUUAGUUAAAAGCUGAAGGAGCAUGUCUGGCAUGUAAUGUCAACAAUAGUGGCAAAUGAACUUUUUAAGAAGCACCCAACCCUCUGAUGACCCUCACAAUCAUGAAAUGCAUCUAAAGCUUUCUGCAUAUUAAAUAUAUAUUUAACUGCAUUGUGGACUGAAAACUCUUUCCAGAGGAGGACAGGCAUUAGGCUUUUCUGUUUUAUGAUAUUCUAAUCAGUCCUGUGUUUUAAUUUCUCAAGAACAGUAUAGUACUGUAGCUCAUGAGAGCCUACAUUGCCCUCUUCUGGGCACUGA